GCGACAGCGCGUUGUAACGUCGGAGAGAAGUAGAAGAGCAGCAGGUGAAGAAGGAACCCAUACUUCUUCUUUGCAGUCUGCAGCAUCAUGCAGGUCUACGUGCGCGUGCACGACGCCGACUACGAGUGGGUGCGGGGCCGCGUAUUGCGGCGCCAUGAGAGCGACGCCUCUAAGCUCCUCGUGCAGCUCAAUAACAGCGACACAACAAUUGAAGCGGAUGAAGCUCAAGAUGUCCGUAUGGCUAACGAAUUAGCAGCCGGCCUGACGCUGGCGGACGUGGAGAACCUGGACGCACUCACACAUCUACAUGAACCCGCAUUUGUGGACUAUUUAGCGCAGCGCUAUGGCGUAGACCAGGUGUACUGCAGGUCUGGAGCCGUUCUCAUCGCUGUGAACCCCUUUAAGCACAUUUCAGGGCUCUACGAUCUGCACAAAUAUCGCGAAGAAAUGCCUGGCUGGACCGCACUGCCACCUCACGUGUUCUCCAUUGCUGAGGGAGCCUAUCGGUCGCUACGACGACGACUACACGAGCCUGGAGCGAGCAAGAAGAACCAGACGAUCCUUGUGAGUGGAGAAAGCGGAGCAGGCAAGACGGAAACCACCAAGUUUAUUAUGAAUUACCUAGCACAGAACAGUUUGGACACGACUGCAACGACAAGCAGCAAGAGGAAGCGCGCGAUCGGCGGCAGUGAACUUCUGAGCGCGAAUCCGAUCUUGGAGAGCUUCGGCAACGCCAGAACUUUGAGAAAUGAUAACAGUAGUCGCUUCGGAAAGUUUGUGCGUAUGUUCUUUGAAGGACAUGAGCUGGAUGCGUCGUUAAAGAUGGCCGGGACGUCAGUGGAGACGUAUCUGUUGGAAAAAGUGCGUGUGGUGCAUCAGAACGAUGGAGAACGGAAUUUCCACGUGUUUUACGAACUUUUAGCAGGUGCAUGUGACGAUAUGAAGAAGGAAUUGCAGCUUGAAAGCCUCUCUGCACAGGAAUUCCAGUAUGUUAGUGGCGGUCAAUGCUAUCAGAGAAAUGAUGGUGUACGCGACGAUAAGCAGUUCCAAUUGGUGCUGCAGUCGAUGAAAGCUCUGGGCUUUACGAACGUCGAACAAGCAGCGAUCUGGAAGAUUCUGAGUGCGCUACUACAUCUUGGAAAUGUGCUGUUUGUUGCCUCGAGUGAGGACGAAGGUGAGGAAGAUAACAGAGCUGCGUCGGAGCCGUGUAGAUUGGCAUCUGCCUCGCCGUCUUCGCUUACAGUUCAAGAGCAUCUCGACAUUGUGUCAAAGCUGUUCGCAGUGGAUCAGGAGGAACUGGUGUCAGCGUUGACGACGCGGAAAAUCAGCGUCGGAGGCGAAACUUUUCAUGCAAAUUUGAGUCUUGCGCAGUGUGGUGAUGCUCGAGAUGCCAUGGCGCGGUCGCUGUAUGCGUUUUUGUUCCAGUUUCUGGUCUCGAAAGUCAACUCUGCGUCGCCACAAGUCCAGGAAAGGAAUCCUGCGAAUAAAGCAGCAAAUAAGGAUACAACUCCAUGCAUCGCAGUGCUGGAUAUCUUUGGGUUUGAAGAGUUCGAGGUGAAUCAGUUCGAGCAGUUCUGUAUCAAUUACGCCAACGAAAAGCUGCAGUAUCAGUUUAUCCAGGAUAUUUUAUUGACCGAACAGCAGGCGCAUAUUGAGGAAGGGAUCAAGUGGAAUGCUGUGGACUAUGAAGACAACUCCGUGUGUUUAGAAAUGAUUGAACAGCGUCCCAGUGGUAUAUUCUCUCUUCUGGACGAGGAAUGCGUUGUACCCAAGGGAAGCGAUGCAGGUUUUGCCAGGAAAAUGUGUCAGCGACUGCAAGACCACAGCAACUUCAGUGCCUCUCGCACUGAUCAAGCUGACGUCGCGUUCCAAAUCCAUCACUACGCAGGCAAAGUGCGAUAUCAAGCAGAAGGUUUCUGUGACAAGAACAAGGACCAGCCCAAUGCAGAGCUGUUUAGUGUGCUGGGUAAGACUAGCGACUCUCAUUUGCGCGAGCUGUUCGAGUUUUUUAAAGCCAGCGAGACGGCAGAACUGAGUCUUGGACAGCCGAAACUGAGACGGCGCUCGUCUGUGCUCAGUGCGGUUGGAAUCGGCUCUCAAUUUAAGCAACAAUUGGCAAGUCUACUGGACGUUGUACAGCAGACAGAGACGCACUAUAUCCGCUGCAUUAAGCCUAACGACGAGAGCGCAAGUGAUCAGUUCGACAUGGCCAAGGUGUCGAGUCAAUUGCGCUAUGGUGGAGUGCUGAAGGCUGUGGAGAUUAUGCGCCAAUCGUUCCCAGUUCGUAUGAGCCACUCCGACUUCGUAAGGCAGUAUAGCCUUCUGACUACGAGUCCCAGCUGCACUGCUGGGGAUCUGAUUGAAACACUUAAAGUUGACCACGCUGAAGUUGGUAGAACGCGAGUGUUUCUGCGUCAACAGGCCUUCGACCAAUUGGAGAAGCGGCGUGAACAAGUCAUCGCUGACUCGGCAGUGAAAUUACAGAGUUCGUGGCGUGGCAGACAGCAACGUCGUGUGUAUAUUAGACAACUACAAGUUCUGUGGAGUAUUCAAGUGCGAUGGAAGGCGAUUCUGGAGAAGAAACGACGCAUCGCUCGACGGGAGGAGGCAGCUAGGACGAUUCAGCAUUCAAUACACUGCUGGAUACAGGCGCUUCAACGGCGUCGUCAUCGGAGUGCAAUACUUAUUCAGUUUGUUUUUCGGAGGUGGCACCAAGCUCGCGUCACAUUGUCAAGGACAGCGGCUGAAGCUUCAGCUAAAACCCCGCGACAAGAGGACAAGUCGGAGGACUCGGUGGGCUACAGUGGGCGAGAAAGUGUGCUCACUAUUGAGACUUUGGAAGACGACGUGCUUUCUACAGCGACAGCAUCAGUUGGAACAAGUGCAUACUCGGAAGAUGUCGAGCUGUCGCCUAUGGACGCGGUGAGAAGAGCUACUCUCCGUGGACACAUGAGCGAGUUGGGUGGUGCAACUGACAGUGACAAUGCGAUGCUGAAGAAGGCACUCAGGGAGGUUGAGCGGCUUCGUCGUAGAGCUGAAGCUGCUGAAGCUGCGCUGUCACAUUUUGCUGGUAGAGACGUUGAUGUUUCCACUGAAGCCUUGUCCAUGGUUGCAACUAGAGCAGAUGGGCCGUAUUAUAAUCGAGCGAGUGACGGUGGCAAUGCGUUGUGGAGGCAGUUGAAUACGUCGAACCUGAGGAUCGAUCGAUACGGCAACACUGUGUUGCAUCAGGCUGUGGAAAGCGGCAAUGUGGAGCUCGCGUGCGCGCUUCUUGUUAAUGAGGCAAGUGGUGCACUGGAUAUGCUGCAGCAAGCUGAGACGCAGCGUGGCUACUCUUCACUACAUCUUGCUGUUCGUGGUGGCAAUUUCGAGAUGGUGAGUCUGUUUUUCCGCCCAGAGGUAUUGCCACAUCUCGAUUUGAAUUUCAGCGAUCGUGAAGGAAACACAGCGCUGCAUUUGGCCACUCAACUUCAGGUUAAGAUUGCGUCGCGAGUGCUGGAGUUGCUGCUUUGUUUUGGUGCUGAUGCAAAUGCAGUGAACUUCCUGAAACAAACCCCUUUGCACUUGUGCUCAAUGAUCAAACGUAGCGGAUCUGCAACGUGUGAGAUUAUGGAGACGCUCUUGAGACAUAAGGCUGACCCGCAGAAAGUAGACUUCCUCAAGCGCUCACCACUGCAUUAUUGCAUGGAGAAAGGUAUGUACUGGUGUUCUGAAUCCAGGAGAGUCAGAUUGGUUAAUCGGGUUAUGUAUUGACUUACAGAUAUGGAGGACGAGGCCGUGCUUUUGAUGAAACACGGAGCGGACAUGAAUUUACCCGACGGCGAAGGCCUGCGCGUCGUAACGAACCCCAAAGCCACGGGUCUCCUGCGUUAUAUACGCGUGACGCCGUCGUGGAUUCCCGAUACCGACGUAACUGAGUGCAUGGUCUGUCUGGAGCCGUUCCCGUUUUUCUUCUCGCGCAAGUGCCACUGCGACCGCUGUGGCCGUGUCUGUUGUUCCGACUGCGCGCCGUCAAGCUCAUCCUGGAAUGGCCGUUUCUGCUUCGACUGCAAGCACUACGCACACUACUCGUGAUCCUGAGAACCUACCGUAUUCACUAUUUUAUUUUUCGUAUUACUAGACCAACAGAGAGAGCACAGAACGAAGUAUUUUAUAUGCAUAGGCUCAAAAAGCAUGUUAGAUUCAUAACACUAACGAUACCAAUGACAAUGGGCUCUAACAUCUACUAACGCGGAUGUGAAGUGUAGACCCGACCAAUUUGAAUCACUUGCGUGUGAGCAAGCGAGCAGCGACGAAAGAUGCAGACACCACGAGGGUGGUAAGUGCCACGAGUUUCACCUUAUCGUCACUCACUUCGUUCCACUUCGCCGCCAGAGCAGUCGUGAUAAUUGAAACCAUGCCAUUUCCGUCAGCA